CCGGGACUGUCUCUUCCUCUUGUAGUCUUCGUCCAUCUUCAUCGACGACUGACUUUCCAAUUUGUCCUKUAAAAAUGGGUUUCGGUGAUCUAAAAACUCAAUCUGGCUUACAAGCACUCAAUAAUUUUCUCCAAGAUAAAAGCUAUAUUGAUGGCUAUGUCCCAUCGCAAGCUGAUACAGUUGUCUUUGAGUCUAUGAGUGGCUGUCCUGACAGCAGUCUUCCUCAUGCUCUUCGUUGGUACAAUCAUAUUUCAUCAUAUGGAUCAGAAAGAACGUCCUUUCCUGGUGAUCAACAAAAGGCAAAAAAUCAGCAUCUUGGGAAUGCUGUUACUAAUGGCAAUAGCAAACCAGCUGACGAUGAUGAUGAUGACGAUGAUGAGGACCUGUUUGGUUCUGAUAGUGAAUCAGAAGAUGAAGAAUCAAAGAAAAUCAAACAAGAAAGACUCGACGCUUAUUACGCCAAGAAAGCCACAAAAAAAGCUGUAAUUGCAAAAUCAAUGAUCACUCUCGACGUAAAACCCUGGGAUGAUGAAACAGAYAUGAAAGAAAUGGAAAAACUCGUGCGUACAGUCGAAUGUGACGGUCUUGUGUGGGGAGCCUCGAAGCUCAUACCCUUGGCCUAUGGAAUCAAAAAGCUACAGAUUGCUUGCGUCGUUGAAGAUGACAAGUGUGGCUCGGAAUAUCUAUCAGAGAAAAUUGGUGAAUUUGAAGAUCUUGUUCAGUCUGUCGAUGUCGCAUCGUUCAACAAAUUGUGAUGCUCUUUUUACAAGGACAAUAAAUUGCUUUGACUAG